GUCUCCUCUCCCUCCUCCCUCUUAUCCUCCAUGAACUUAGCAAGAGCUGGGCACCUUCUCUCCACUCCGCCGCCCAGUCCUCUAAGCUCCGACCCAGAAGAGGUGGAGAUCGACGUGCUGGCAGAGGAGGAAGAUGGAGAUCAGACGGAAGACGACGGUGGGGAAGAGAGUCAUAAGUGCCUGGAGCGAUCGCUACAGAGGCCGGGAGCCCGCACCCUUGCAAGGAGGAGCGCGUGGGACUGCGGCGACCUGAGCAACUCCUCCGGGUUCCUCCGCAAGUUCCGAGCGCCGCGGACUCGGGCCACCACCACCACAGCCGACGGCCCGCAGCCCGCCAAGCCGCCGUACUCCUACAUCGCGCUCAUCACCAUGGCCAUCCUGCAGAGCCCGCACAAGCGCCUGACGCUCAGCGGCAUCUGCGCCUUCAUCAGCGGCCGCUUCCCCUAUUACCGCCGCAAGUUCCCCGCCUGGCAGAACAGCAUUCGCCACAACCUGUCGCUCAACGACUGCUUCGUCAAGAUCCCCCGCGAGCCGGGCCACCCGGGCAAGGGCAACUACUGGAGCUUGGACCCCGCCUCUCAGGACAUGUUCGACAAUGGCAGCUUCCUUCGGCGUAGGAAGCGCUUCAAGCGCCACCACCCGCCCCCGGGAGGCCACCCGCACUGUCCCUUCCCUCCACCCGCUGUGCCCGCCACCGUGCAGGUCUCCCAGCCCGGCCUCCUGCUCCGCUACUCUGCCCCGCCGCAGCCUAACCUCGCAGUCCAUCCCGCCUCCCCGCCCCGGAGCCGCCCGUGCGCGCCGCUGCAUCCGUAUCCCCUCCGCUACCUGCUGCUCGCUGCCCCCGCCUACGCGGAUGAGCCUAGAAAAGCCGAAGGUGCGGACCCCGCCACCUCCCUCGCCAUCCCCGCUCUGCAGCCCGCACCGGGCUCCCAGCCUUGGGAGGGAGACCAGGGCUCUGGAUCUCGGUCCCGACGCGGGUGCGCCUCUUUCACCAUCGAGAGCAUCAUGCAGGGGGUGACAGGGGGAGGAACUGGGUCUGCGCAGAGUCCGCCCUUCGCUCCGUGGAGCUACUGCCACCUGCUGCAGCACCCACCGUGCCUGCUGCACCCACAGGCCGCUUCCCCUUUGUUUCACGUGCCCGCAGCUUCCCGGACAGUGUUGCAGCAGCAGCAGCCGCGGCCGCCGCCGUAGCAGCAGGAAGAGCAUCACUGUGCCAUUAGAUGCUCUCCCGGUAAAGGCAAGCGGCUAGGCCGGCACCUGUCUGCAUCUGAAGACUGAAGGCUGACAAUCCUUUCGGGCAGAGAGGGGACCUUGCCCGCAUUUUAAGCCGUACCCAAACUCAGCCUCCAGGCUGAGUCGCCUUGGCACACCUGGAGCCAAGUGGCAGAAUGGCACUUGCUUUGUAGUCGCUAGCGGUUUGUGCGUGGAAAACCAGCAUCUGAGCGGGUCUAAAUCCUUGCAAAUUGUUACAACUGUGUUCUGCUCGCUUUAAGACCCAAACGCGGGAAAUUCCCGGGACUGCAAGUCUCGCCUUGUCUUGUGGACUUCAGUUGUGGCUUCCAGGGUUUUCCUGAUUUACAUACUUGGACCUAUGGACUAUGAACGUGAGUGAAGUGUUUGUUGUUAAUAAAAAAAAAAUCUGUGACACAAAAACAUCCCCAUCUUCAUUCUCUAGGAACUGCAAGUGUU